GGGGGUGACACGUCGGACGGCGGCGCCGCCAGCGGGAGCGGCAGCCGGAGCCGCCCCCGGGUCCCGUCCCCCCGUCCUCGGUCCCGUCCCGGCCAUGCGGCUGUCGCUGGUGCUGUCGGUGCUGCGGCCCGCCGGGCCGGUGGCCAUCGGCGUCUCGCUGGGCUUCACCCUCAGCCUGCUCAGCGUCACCUGGGUGGAGGAGCCCUGCGGGCCGCCGCCGCACCCCGCCGUCCGCCCGCGCCCCGACGGCGGCCCCGCGCCGCCCCCCGGCCCCGGUAACACCAACGGCAACGCGGCGCGCAAGCCCAACGCCGUGCCCGCCGGGCUGGGCGCCGACAGCUGGGAGCCCCGCGUCGUGCCCUACCGCCCGCCCAGCCCCGGCAGGGCCGCCAAGAAGGCCGUCAGGACCCGGUACAUCAGUACGGAGCUGGGGAUGCGGCAGCGGCUCUUCGUGGGUGUGCUGACCUCCAAGAGCACGCUGAACACGUUGGGGGUGGCUGUCAACCGCACGCUGGCCCACCGCCUGGAGCGCCUGGUGUACUUCACAGGCACACGGGGCCGCAAGGUGCCCCACGGCAUGACAGUGGUGACGCACAGUGACGAGCGGCCCAUCUGGAACAUGUACCAGACUGUCAGGUACCUUCUGGACCACUACGUGAACGACUUCGACUGGUUCUUCCUGGUGCAAGAUGAUACCUACACGGAGGCACACCGCAUCAGUCGCCUGGUCGCCCACCUCAGCAUUGACACCCACCUCUAUCUGGGCCGUCCCGAGGAGUUCAUUGGUGGGGACACGGAGGGACGCUACUGCUAUGGGGGGUUUGGCUACCUGCUGUCCCGCAGCCUCCUCCUGCUCCUGCAGCAGCACCUGGAGAGCUGCCGCAAUGACAUCCUAAGCGCCCGGCCUGACGAGUGGCUGGGCCGCUGCAUCAUUGACUACACAGCCGUCAACUGUGUCGAGGAGCAUGAGGGCUUGCGUUACCACUAUUUUGAGCUGGGGAAGAACGCAGACCCCGAGCGGGAGACCGACCUCCGUUUCCAGAGCGCCUUCACUGUCCACCCCGUGCUGGAUCCCCUCCAGAUGUACCGGCUGCACAAGUACUUUGCGCAGGUGGAGCUUGAGAGGACCUACCAGGAGAUCCAGCAGCUCCAGCUGGAGAUCCAAAAUGCCAGCAGCCUGUCCAUUGACGGGGACCACGGUGCCACAUGGCCUAUUGGCAUCCCGCCCCCCUUCCAGCCCAAAACCCGCUUCGAGGUGCUGCGCUGGGACUACUUCACAGAGGAGCAGGUCUAUGCCUGUGUGGAUGGCUCCCCCAAGUGCGAGCUGCGCGGUGCGGAUCUGGCAGACAUGGCCGACGUGGUGGCUACAGCCAUGGAGGAGCUGAACCGCAAAUACCAGCCGGUGCUCCAUGUCCGCAAGCAGCAGCUGGUGAACGGCUACCGGCGCUUCGACCCCACACGUGGCAUGGAGUACACGCUGGACCUCCAGGUGGAGGUGGUCACCCAGAAGGGGCACAGCCGCUCCGUCACCAAGCGCGUGCACCUGGUGCGGCCCCUCAGCGAGGUGGAGAUCAUCCCCAUGCCCUACGUGACAGAGGCCAGCCGCAUCAAUGUCAUCCUGCCACUGACAGCCCACGACCGGGACCACGCUGCCCGUUUUUUGGAGGCUUAUGCAGCGACUGCCUUUGAGAGCAGCGAGAACGCGGUGCUCACCUUCCUCUUCAUCUAUGAUCCCUUCGAGGCCCAGCAGGUCACCCAGAAUGACAUCUUCGCCCCCGUGAAGGCCCAGAUCACCGAGUAUGAGCGCAAGUAUGCAGAGGUGAAGAUCCCAUGGAUCAGUGUUAAGACAGACGCACCAUCCCAAAUCAAGGUCAUGGACAUCAUCUCCAAGAAGCACCCUGUGGACACACUUUUCUUUGUGGCCGGCGUGGGGACAGAGGUCACUGUCGACUUCCUGAACCGCUGCCGGAUGAACACCAUCAACAACUGGCAGGUCUUCUUCCCCAUCCACUUCCAGGGCUACAACCCCGCUAUCGCUUACCACAACCAGGUGCCGCCCACCAUGCUGGACUUGCUGCGGGAUGCAGGGCGCUUCGACCGCAACGUCUUCCAUGAAGCCUGCUUCUACAAUGCUGACUAUAUGGCAGCACGCACCCGCAUGGCAAGUGACGUGCAGGAGAACGAGGACAUCCUGGAGACCCUGGACAUCUACGACAUGUUCAUCAAGUACUCCAACCUCCAUGUCUUCCGGGCCGUGGAGCCUGCCCUGCUGCAGCGCUACCGGCACCAGGCCUGCAACCCCCGGCUCAGCGAGGAGAUCUACCACCGCUGCGUGCAGAGCAGCCUGGAGGGUGUAGGCUCUCGCUCCCAGCUGGCCAUGGUGCUUUUUGAGCAAGAGCAGGGGAACAGCACCUGAACCCCAGGAUGCAGAGGGGCUAGCCCUGCCCUACCGUGCCUGCCUGCCCACCCCAACUCUUCUGCUGCCCAAAUCUGUCUUCCUCCUCCUGGCAUCUGCAGGGAUCGCUAGUGCCCGAGCUCAUGACUUGCCCCACUGGGGCUGCCCGGGCCGGGGUCUGCUAGCCCGGGGUGCCCGGGUCCUUCCGGAGCAGCCGUGGCUGUGCAGACCCCAGGGUGAGGUGGGGUCGGAGUCGCUGAGUUGUGAGCUGGAACGCCUGGCUCCUCACCCCAGAGCUGCUGGCCACCGGCCCCAUCCCUCUGUCCUGGCAUCGCUGCCCAGCAGGGAGGCGAUGGGCUGCCUUGUCCCUUGCUGUCCCCUCAACCAGGGGCACACAGAGCCCAAGGCCCCCCUUGCUGCAGGGCUGUGACUGAUAUGGGGCUGGGGGUGAUCCCGCGCAGUUCCCCCAGCGCCCCGGGACAGGGCUGUGCCCCCUGCUCCUUUGGUGCAUCAGCCUGGUUGUGCAGGGACAGCAGGAUGGGGCAUGUCCCACUCCAAAAAAAGCAAUAAAGAGGUUGGUUUCAGGGUUUUGCCACUUGGCAACGAGCUGGAGCACUCCCGGUGAGUCGGGGUGGGGGGUCCUGGCCCCCGAGGCCAGUGGGCACAGGGGGUGCCAGAGGGGAUCCUGCUGUAUUCACGUACCGUGAGCUGCUCCCCAUGGGAACCGUGACCCAGGCCGCUUCGGCCUUCGCAGUAUCAAUAGGACGUCGGAGGUUGCAGCCCUCAGACGAAAGCCUCCCGACAGAGGUGGGAGCCCUCCCUGCCGCGGGGCCGCCCUCGGGGGCGGGGGACGUGGUGCCCAGCUUGGUGGGCACGGCAGAGGGUUUGGCUGCGCAUCUCCUAAGGAGAAAGCGACUGAGGAGCCGCUCUCUGCUCCUGGUUUGUAUUUAAUAGU